GAGGACACAUGGCUGUGUGACGGCAUCGUGACUGGCUAUGGCCGAACUUCUGAAACUUGAAACAGCGCAGAGGGUUCGGCACAUACGUUCGUGCGUCAAGUACCAAGUAAGAUGCCCGAACGGUGGCUGGAGGGCGACACAAUUCAAAUUAUCAAGAAAAGAGGCAAAACUGGAUAGGAGCAGGAGCUGCCCUUAUCUUGAUACUAUAAACAGAUCUGUUUUGGAUUUUGACUUUGAGAAAUUGUGCUCAGUAUCCCUCUCGCACAUCAAUGUGUAUGCCUGUUUGGUUUGUGGAAAAUACUUCCAAGGUCGUGGAAACAAUACUCAUGCCUACACUCACAGCGUGUUUGAAGGACACCACGUUUUUCUCAAUCUACAGACACAAAAGUUUUACUGCCUCCCAGACAACUAUCAGAUCAUUGACUCCUCACUGGAUGACAUAAUUUAUGUUCUGAAUCCUACAUUUAGUGACAUCAUGAUUCGAAAAUUGGACAGAAAUCCCAAACUCUCUCGUGCUUAUGAUGGAACAACAUAUUUGCCUGGAAUCGUUGGACUCAAUAACAUCAAGGCAAAUGACUAUUGCAAUGUAGUGCUGCAGUCUUUGAGUCAUGUUGCACCAUUGAGGAACUAUUUCCUGAGAGAAGAGAAUUACUACAAGAUUAAGCGUCCUCCUGGUGACCAAGCUUUUCUUCUGGUUCAAAGGUUUGGGGAGCUGAUUCGAAAGUUGUGGAAUCCAUGCAAUUUUAAAGCUCACGUCAGCCCCCAUGAAAUGUUGCAGGCUGUGGUUCUGUGCUCCAAGAAAAAGUUUCAAAUUACUGAGCAAGGUGACCCAAUAGAUUUUCUCUCUUGGUUCCUUAAUGCUAUGCAUUCAGCAAUGAAUGGAACCAAGAAAAUGAACAGCAGCAUCAUAAGCAAGACUUUCAGAGGGAAAAUGAGAGUUUACUCCCGCAAAAUACCCAGUGUAGAUUUGAGUGAAGCUGAGCAGGCUAAGUUAAUUGAGACAGAGGACUAUCAAGAAAAAGUGUUUGAUAUGCCAUGGUUGUAUUUGACAUGUGACCUUCCAGCUCCUCCACUGUACCCAGAUGAAUCAAGAGAAAAUAUAAUUCCCCAGGUCCCGUUUGCCAAUUUGCUGACAAAAUUCAAUGGUGUAACAGAGAAGGAGUACAAAAGUCACAAAGACAGCACAAUGAAAAAAUUUGAGCUGACUCGGCUACCACACUUCAUUAUCAUUUAUUUCAAGAGAUUUAACAAGAACUACUUUGUGUUUGAGAAAAACCCAACCAUUGUGAACUUUCCUAUCAAGAACAUUGACUUUGGGGAUCUUUUGUCCUCUGAGGCCAGAUCUCAGCACAAAAACACCACCUAUGACCUUGUUGCCAAUGUUGUUCAUGAUGGAGAACCAGCGCAGGGCAAAGGGAGCUACCGGUGCCAUGUUCUGCACAAAGGUCAAGGCAAGUGGUAUGAACUGCAAGAUUUGCAUGUUGCUGAUAUUCUGCCUCAGAUGAUCACGUUGUCAGAGAGCUACAUUCAGAUCUUUGAAGUGCGGAAAGACAUUCCCAAUCCAUUAUAUAACCCAGCUGGUGCCAGUGAAGUCGAGGAAGGUGGCGUGGUGUCAAUGGAAGUUUCUGGCACUGAUGGAUCUGAGAAUAAUUCUACAGAGGAACAAAAGUGAAGUCAUAACCCCUGCAAUAAUGCUGCAUUCAGUUCUUUACACGAGAAGUUUUCUUUACUCGUCCCAGAAAAGAUGUUUGGUCCAUUUCUGUUCUCUCAAUAUUGCUUUUUUGAUAUAAUGAGGGGUAAAAAGUCAGUAUUGGUUCCAUUUGCAGUAUUACUGUUUUCCUAUAAAGGAAUUUUUGGGGCCGUUUUUUAUUCAUAACCACUGGCUCAGUAUCCAGAUCAGCCUCCUUGAGAGUUGACAGAAGUGAAGAAUAAAGACAACAGCAAACUUCAUUGUUUUUGUCUUGCAUUUGCACAUUUUCUGUUACACUCCCUUCUUCAGUCUCCACAGAAUUCUCUUUCUUUGAAGCAGGCUGAUUCUGUUUAAAAUUUAUUAAUUUAUAGGAAAAGGUCUUAAAUAAAACGUCUGUGACACCACAGCUAUUAUGUAAGCUAAAGACUGCUUUGGUCGGCUGACAAUGCUUAAAAUAAGGUUUUAAAUAUGUGUGUGUGCCUGGUGAAAGGUACUAAAUGACGCAUUUUAAAGAAUCCUGUUUUUGGGGUUUUUUUUGCAUUCUCAUGUACAGGGAUCAUUUCUGAACAAUAUGCUUUUUGAAUUUCAAAGAUAUCUUCAGUAGUUUUUGAGAUAUGGGUGAUUUUAUAAGGCAGGGUACGGAAACAAAGUUUUGAGAAAAAUGGCUUUAAAGUUUCCCCUUUGUUUCUGCUUCAAAUAGAUAGAUCUAUGCUUCAAGACAACCCGACAGCUCAUUCGCUACUCAAAAACCAACUUUAAAAAGCAGCUAAGAUAAAAGAACAACUUCAAAAUGUUUAUAUUACAUCUUCAGAACAUAUUCACCACCACCUUGAGCAAAAAUGUUCAAGAAAUUAGAUCCAGGUUUGCACGGGGCAGAAAUAUGGGAUACAAGUUUUUUCUCCAAAAAAACUAAAGGGUGUGGAUGUGCAAAGCUUCGCUUUAUUUACAUGUUCUAGAUAUUCAUGCGCACUACUCGCCGUUGGAGAGGGGAGAGAAUGACCUAAAUUUUGGUAUGCGUUGUGAUUGGGUCGACUUUAUGAAUGGACAAGAGAAACCAUCUGCAGUGUGUACUCAGAAAAAAUUCUAUUUUUGACCUUUGAAGCCUGAUAUCUUGGUAAGAAAAAAUGCGUCUUUUGGUACCUUUCACCAGACACCCUCACACAUAUGCCUGCCUGAAAAGCAUGAGACACCAUAUCAUUGUAGGAAAAUCAGUUAUAUUAUGUAGCUUGCAAUGCCAUUCCAGUCAAAAGCUACCAGUACCUUAUGUGACCCUCCCGGUCAAAAUCAGUCAUAUAUAUAAAGGAAAUUUCAAAGUUGAGUGAACAUAAUUUCCAAAAACUAUCACCAUUUCACUAUAAUU